AUGAAGAAGUUGAAAGGGUGCUUGGUGGUUCCAGAGGAUGAGAAACCAUUGCUACACCAGAAUUUGUACGGUAAAAGCUCAAUCUUAGAAUCUAAUCACCGUGGGAAGUGUCUAGCCUCGGCUCGAGUGAUGCGAGACAAUUUGAUGCAUCAGAUUGAGACGAUUGUGCUCCAAGAAGCCGAAUUAGAAACAGCACUCGAAAUCUUAGAAUUUACUAGACAGAAAUGUAAUCAUCAACACGAUGCAAUUGUUCAACGACUUGCAAGUUGUGAAGAGAUGCUGUGGAUGCUUGAACGAAAUGCAACAGACAAACUUAGUACUACAAAAUUGCUAAAUGAAGAAGAGUUUAGAAGGUGGAACAAAAGCAAAGAUAUGAUCACUGUCGUUUUACCUGAAGUUCUCGUUCGACUAGAAGACAAUAUUGAGCUCAAUAAUUCAAAAAUUCGUGAUGUUCGAAAUCAAAUGGAACACUUUCGUGCCAAACGGUUGGACCUACAUGAAGAAAUCGUUGCAAAAGAGGAAGACAUUGCAUUGAUGCUGACUGAUUUAGAGACUGAGUAA